AUGCCUGAGAAGGUGCACACUCACUUCGGUGAUUCGGACGGAGAGCCAUCGAACAGGUCUCCAAAGCCAGUCUCAGAGCCAACGACCGUCGAGGACGGCGUCCGGAAGAAGAGGCGCGGCAAGAAACGCAAGCUCGAUGAGGCUGCCAACAAACCCCAACCGCGCAACGGCGAACCAAUCGAGGCCCCAGAGCCUGCCCCAGAGCGUGCCCCAGAGCGUGCCCUGGUCGCUGAGCCGGUAACAAAAAAGCCCACACCGGAGACCAAACCCGAAACCCCCCAGCCUCCGUCGAACAAGACCCAAGUCGCAAAACACAAGCCCAAGCCUAAGCCGAAGACCUUCACCGACACCAAGACGAAUUUCGCUCCUCUCCGAGAAAAAGCCAAUGCUCUCUACGAGCUCCGCAAGAAGCUUCCGAUCUUCGGCCACGCCGAUGAAAUUCGCCAGAAGCUCCGCGAUCAAGAUGUCAUGCUGCUGGUCGGUGAGACCGGUAGCGGAAAGAGUACGCAGAUCCCACAAUUCCUGGUGAACGAAUUCUGGUGCCGACCGACACCUGUCCAAGUACCCAAAGAGGAUGGCUCGACAAGAUCUGCUACCGUGGGUGGAUGUAUUGCGAUUACACAGCCGCGUCGAGUCGCUGCUAUCACGCUAGCUCGCCGUGUCGCCGAGGAAAUGGGUACACCGCUUGGCUCGUCUUCGCCAGCGAGUAAAGUUGGCUACUCAGUCCGAUUCGACACAUCCGUUUCUCCUAGUACUCGUGUCAAGUUCUUGACAGAGGGAAUGUUGUUGCAGGAGAUGUUGCAUGAUCCCUGGUUGACUAAGUACAGCGCUAUCGUGGUUGAUGAGGUUCACGAGCGGGGUAUUAAUGUUGAUCUGACUGUUGGGUUCCUGCGCAACUUGGUUUCGGGGAAGAAGGAGGGUCGUGGAGGUGUGCCUCUCAAGGUGGUGGUCAUGAGUGCUACGGCGGAUAUGGAGAGUCUUAUGGGAUUUUUCCAAGAGGGAUUCAAAAUCAAAGAACAAGAGCUUAAGCACAUUUCGAAUGGAGAUGCUGACGAAAAGGAGAAGGCAGAGCCCGUCAAGGAGAUUACGGCUUGUCAUAUCAAGGGCCGACAGUUCCCUGUCAAAACCAUCUACUCGCCCGCGCCUGUGCAUGAUUUUGUGGACGCAGCUCUUAAGGUUAUCUUCCAAAUUCACUAUAAGGAGCCUAUGCCCGGUGAUAUCCUGGUUUUCCUGACUGGUCAGGGAGACCGUGGAAGCUUUGGAGCUUCUGUCCUGCCUCUGUUCGCGGCUUUGCCUCAAAUCGCUCAACAGCGCGUCUUCCAGCCUGCUCCACCACGCACCCGCAAGAUUAUCCUGGCAACUAACAUUGCUGAAACAUCCGUUACAGUGUCUGGCGUGCGGUAUGUGGUGGACUGCGGGAAGGCAAAGGUCAAGCAAUUCCGCACGCGCCUCGGCCUAGAUUCGCUACUUGUCAAGCCCAUUUCCAAGUCCGCUGCUAUCCAGCGAAAGGGUCGUGCUGGUCGUGAGGCAGCCGGACAAUGUUUCCGUCUGUACACCGAAAAGGAUUACCUGGCUCUGGACGAGACAAACACUCCCGAGAUUCUCCGAUGCGAUCUGAGCCAGGCCCUAUUGAACAUGAAAGCGCGUGGUGUGGAUGAUAUCGUCAAAUUUCCAUUCUUGACGCGCCCACCGCGUGAGUCCUUGGAGAAAGCCUUGCUUCAGCUCCUCAAUAUCGAUGCGUUGGAAGACUCGGGGAAGAUUAGCGCCGUUGGCCAGCACAUCGCCAAGCUCCCUCUCACCCCAACACUGGGGCGGGUGCUUUUAGCAGCUUCAGAGAAUGGCCAUGAUGUUUUGAUCGAUGUGAUCGACAUCAUCUCCUGUCUCAGUGUUGAAAACAUCUUCCUCAACACCAGCUCGGAAGAGAAGAAGGAAGCGGCCGAAGCGGCCCGGCGGGAUCUGUAUCGACGGGAGGGCGAUCAUCUGACAAUGUUAUCAACGGUACGAGCGUACGCGUCCGAGAAUUCCGACCGAAAGGCAUGGGCUGAGCGACACUUGGUAUCGCAUCGGGCGAUGCAGGCAGUGAUGGACGUCCGCAAACAACUCCGGAAUCAGUGCCGUCAAGCCAAGCUUCUCCCUCGAGAUGACGGCAGAGAUCAUUCGUCUGAUCCUGCGCCGAUUCUUAUCCUGCAGAGCUUCUUGUGUGGGUUUGCGACCAAUACCGCCCGCCUGGUGCCAGAUGGUAGCUAUCGUACGGUGGUUGGUAACCAGACGGUGGCUAUCCACCCGUCGAGUGUACUCUAUGGCAAGAAGGUGGAGGCAAUCAUGUACAACGAGUUCGUUUUCACGAACCGCAGCUAUGCGCGCGGGGUUAGUGCGGUGCAGAUGGAUUGGGUCGGUGAGGCCUUGGCCGGUUAA